AGUAUGUCAACACAUACCUGUAGACGUCGGCUUUACAGUCGACCUCAGAGCUUUGAUUCAAAGAAAGUUUCAGCACAGCUAACAUGUGGAAAAGGAAGCAAGAGAAUAAAAACCGCGGCAUACAUAUGGGGUCAUAGAGUAGAUUAGGCAACGGAUGUAAGAAGACGAGAGGGUAAAUGAAUUGGCGUUAUUCACAUUUAAUUUCGUCCACUCAGGAAAGAAAAACACUUCUUCGCUAAUGUCAUUAACAAAGGGGAAAUUUUAUCGCAAUUUUAAGGAAAAUUCAAGUUAUAUAAGACGCGUUAAAUGACAUAACAUACCUAAACUGAAAAUUGUGUUACAAUUUGCUACAAUCUCUAUAUCUCUACAAUCUCCGCGUGUCUAAACUGUUUGUCAUGGUUUCCGAUAUCGAAUUUCCAGCCGUGUUUAUCAGUCGCUAAGGGUGUCCCACAUUAUCUAGCAUGGAAACCAUGGGAGAUAUCUUGUGACGGCCUCGUCAAAGUCUAGGAAAUUUUGCUUAAUUUUCUAAAGAUUCUACAUCAUGGAAGGUCGUCGCGCCCGAACAAGAAGCAGCUCUAGCGCUUCAAGUCUGUUCUUCCCCGCACCGAAAGUACCUCCUCAAAAGGGUAAUUUCGUAAUGACCUUUUUCUCGUGUCCUGUUGGCAAUGUCGAGCAAGCGUCGUCUUCAACGCACUCAGCGCGCCCCAGAGCCACAACAAUCGCGGAGAAUACAUACAAGAUGAAGCCUGAGAAACGAUUUAGCGCUGAAGAGGUUCGAAGCAUCAUUGUUCAGCAUCUACAGUCUCUAGAGUCGCAAACGUACGAGGCGAAGAGAUGCAGAGAGCUCGCUAAAGGUAUGUCUAACUCAAUCAUGAGCGACUUGAAACAGCUUGGCUACGCUCGGUUUAAAUUCGUGUGUUCCGUGACGAUUGGACAAGUAAAAGGGCAAGAUGUGAGAAUUGCCAGCCGUUCCAUCUGGGACACUGACUGUGAUACAUUUGUGUCAGAGAGCUACCAUAACGACUCUGUAUUUGCUGUCUGUGUUGUGUUCGGAGUUUAUCAAGAGUAGUUUGAUCGCUGCACAUGACAAUCACGUCUUUGCGUCCUUCAAGAAUGACUUGAUUUUUGAUUGACUACAAUCUGAGGGAAGCUACAGUUAAAAACUGCCUAGUUUAGCCCCGAAUGUCGUACUCUCGUGCCAGAAAAUUUCAAGAACAGUGCAUCUUCGGUGAAGUUUAUCCAGAAGAAGAAAUUGCGAUUUAAAUCAGCGUUUUUAUUAAUAGCUGGUUUUCUCUCUGGGCGCCUUAUUUUAGGCCGAAACUACACUUCAUACUGAAGGAAAUUGCCAAUAUAUUGCAUCUAAACAUACUUAUUUCAACCAAGCGUCGGCGCUUCAAAUAUACUUUCAAAUAUUUGGUUCAUGGAUAUCGAACGUAUAACGAAGGUUUGAUCGCAUAUUUUCGUAUCCGGUUUGGUUUAUGCGAAAUUAUGAUCAAAUUAAAGUUUGAACAAACUAAAUGAGUUGAAGAGAAACUUCUCAACUGCAUUUACAUGGCAGGAAAAAAUAGAAUUAAAUCUUAUUAACGUUAAUUUACUUUUAGGUGGUUUACCACUCAAAAUAUUUUCAUGACCUCCUGAUUAAACUGUCAUCAAAACCUUGA